AAUACUGUCAAAAAUCCCCUUCCCCGUCUGCUUUUUACCCCCUCAAGAACUUUUUUUGCUGUCUUCUUCCUAUCCGUUUCCCAUUGAGCUAAGCUUCUGCUGGUUCCUUUCUCCUCUUUUUCCUCUCUUCUUUUCGUAUCCUCUUGGGAGGUAUUUGCCCUUCUACCGGGGGAUUUUGGUCGUUAAACCCGAGAUUCCAGACUCCAUUCUAAAAACCCACAGUCAAACUCUGGAGGAAGAAAAAAAAACUCUUACAGCAAGAAAGGAAGAAAAAUAUCUUGGUUUUUUGCUGAUAUUUUCUGCCAAAAAGAAGUUUAUUUUCUCUUGUGCUGUAAAUCUUCAUGCUGCAUACGUUGUUGUUGUUGUUGCUUGAGACUCAUGUCUCCAGUCGUCAGUGAAAUCCUCCGAUCCGGGUUUAUGAUAAAUUCUUCCCUCAGACGCAGGACCCAUCUCGUUCAAUCUUUCUCUGUUGUCUUCCUCUAUUGGUUCUAUGUUUUUUCAUGAAUAAGCUUUUUUUAUAUAGUAACUAUCAUUCUAUAUUAAUUAGCUAGCGUCGGUGUCCUGUCGUCUCUGAGGUUAUAUUAUCCUGAUAUAUUAGUGAUCUUUAAUUUGGUGUAAAUAUAUUAAUAUGGCUUCGUCCAGUGGAAACUCCAAUUCCACAGGUUCCUCGCAGCUUCAGAACUCUGGCUCUGUAGUGGAGUUGAAUCAGAUGAACAUGAUGGAUCAAAGAAAAAGAAAGAGAAAGGAAUCGAACAGGGAAUCAGCAAGAAGAUCCCGGAUAAGAAAACAACAGUACUUGGAUGAAUUAACGGCCCAAGUGACUCAGCUAAGCCAAGACAAUAACCAAAUCCUGACAAGCAUCAACUUCAACACCCACCACUAUAUGAACAUCCAGGCUGAGAACUCGGUUCUGAGGGCUCGGAUGAUGGAACUGAGUCAAAGACUGGACUCUCUGAACCGAAUCCUGAGUUCUCUCAACACCCCCACGGCCAUAUGUGGUGAUUUGGUGUAUGAAACAGAUCAGUGCUUUGGUAAUCACGGUUUCAACGACCCUUUCAAUCUGCCUUAUCUCAACCAAGCCAUCAUGGCCUCUCCAGACAUCUUUCAGUACUACUGAUCCAUAAUCAUCCUUAUCACCGUCGACUAUCAUUACUUAUAACUGGGUGAAAAAAAUAGGGUCAAAACCUAGGGAUAUCUUUGCAUUCUUUAUGCUUGGUGGGUGCUCUUCUCAUGUUGAAAAGGGGGGGGGGUAUUAUUAUUGUUUGCCCCUUUCUUUUAUUGUUAUUAUGAUGAGUAAAAUAUUAGUGUUAUUGGCAACUAGGCCUAGAACCGUGAUGUAAAAGAGAGAUUUGGCCUUAAGCAAGUGAAAGCUGCUUGCUUGGGGAUAAAUUUAUGGGCUUUUCCCUAUUA